GGUUGGCAAAAGUAUCAAAUGAUAACCUCAUCCUCAAAUAAUUGUGUUCUCGUGAGACGUGUAGAAACACCGACUCAACACCGGAGUCAAUGAAGAGAACGUCGUUGUAAGCUUGACCAUUUACUUUUGACAUUUCUUCAUAGAAAAGAUGGUGAAAAACUGAAAAGAACAAAGAGACACAAACACACUUAUUGCCUCUGUACAUAUUUGUCUACUAUGACAUACAAAAUGUAACUGUGAUGUCCCAAAAUGUCCAGCAGAGGGAGACUCCCGUCUGCCUGAAUGACGAACACAUUGUAUCUAAUUCGACAAUUAUAUUUAACAUAUAGGCACUAUUCCCCUUGUUAUCGUGUCUGACAUGUUGUUAACUUGUUAAAGACAACUUACGGCAUUGCUUCUUCGCCGCUUUGUGUAGGGUGGCAACAGAAAUUACUACAGAAGACCGCAACAUGUAUGACUUGCUUUCGAACGAAUUCCAGAAGUAAUUUAGCGGAAUUGAAAUCAUCUAACUGCUGUUUACCGAUUAUAGCAUGCAAUAAAUAUAAACAACUUUAGCUCAAAAUUAAAGCAUUGCAGUCACUAAUACAAAAGUAUUAUCAAGUAAUUAUGUAAAUAAUAUUAACAAUUGACUUCAGGACAACACAUUUUCUGUUACAAAAAAAAUAAAAAUUGUUUUUCUAUCCAAAUACUUUAAAUGCACAUACUUUGUUUUUCUUUUAUAUUUUUAGAAUCUCAUAAUCGUGAGACGUACCGGGGGAUGACAACCACUACAACCGCUUUUUAUUCUGAAACUACAGGAAGUACACGGCCACUUCCGGGUUAAUCUUUGUCGUUCGUCUACAAGUAAUCAACAAACAGCUGAAGUAAAAGUUAUAACAUUGUUAUUUAAGAUAAUAAGUAAGUAAAUGCGUAUCUACAGUAUAACUUAAUAUUUUCCCUGUUAAAGUGCAUUUUAGGUGGUCUCUGCCGUAUGGUUAGCAUAGAUGCUAAAUAGAUGGAAACAGGAGUUAGCAUACAUGCUAAGUCGACGAAAACAUGGGCAAAGAUACAUGAGAUAGUUGCUAUUAACGUAUAAUUAUUGUCACAAUGCUUUUAGUUCGUAAGUGUUGUCUCUUUAAUCGGGUGUACGACUCAAAAACACAAGCUAGCGUACUGCAGGUUUUGAGACAGUUUGAGACGUCUGGCAACUUCCUGCGAGCAAUUAAAGAACCAAAACAAUACGGAAGCACGAUGGCGAAACGAACGAUAUCAUCACAUUCUUCCUCUUCCAACGAAGACGGACAAAGUAGACUGAAGAGAGUUUCCAUUGAAGGAAACAUUGCUGUUGGGAAGUCAACCUUCACACGACUCUUGAAAGCUGCUUGUCAAGACUGGGAGGUGGUGACUGAACCUGUCAGUCAGUGGCAGAACAUUGACAGCGGGCCCUCAAAGGGGACGACAGGUGCACCCCCACAGAAAACUGUGAGCAACCUGCUGGAGAUGAUGUACCGGGAUCCUCAGCGCUGGUCCUACACCUUCCAGACAUACGCCUGCAUGACCCGCUUCAAAACACAACUGCAGCCUCCCCCUGCACGCCUGCUCUCAUCACAAGGAACCCCAGUGCAGGUUUAUGAGCGCUCCAUAUACAGUGACAGAUACAUCUUUGCUUUGAACAUGUAUGAACUGGGAUGCAUUAACGCGACAGAGUGGGCCGUCUACCAGGAUUGGCACUCACUCCUGGUGGAACAGUUUGGACACCGGGUGGCGCUAGAGGGCAUUAUAUAUCUCAAAGCUCCUCCUGAGAAAUGUAUGGAGCGGCUGGAGCGGCGAGGCAGGCCGGAGGAGAAGACCGUGGAACUGGACUAUCUCUACAAGUUACAUCAACAACACCAGAGGUGGCUUGUGGAGAAAAGCACCGAGAUCCAUUUUGACUCGUUGAAAAAGAUUCCUGUGCUGGAGCUCGAUGGCAGUGUGGAGUUUCAGAGUGACGCAACAGUACAAGAGAAGUUUGUCAGUCAGGUGCGGGAUUUCUUCAGUACAUUAUGAGGCGUCAUCAAGUACCUUCAAAUCAAGUUUUUAUGAAGUACUUACUGUAGGACCACCCUCUUAUAACGUUGUUUUUGUUUGAAUCUUUUAUGAUCUAAUGCACAUUGAUUUCACAUAAAGUACACCAAUACAACACCGUAUCUCUACAAUACUCAUGCUGAUUCUGUACAUGGGAACAGUAACAUAAUAGAAAUACAUGUCAGGAUGAUAUAAUGCAGAUUACAACCUCGUGAUGGUGUACAACUGCACUGCAUUACAACUUUUUAGCUUGUUCUAAAAUGUUGGUUACUUGGCUACAGUCCAAUCCCUCGUUUAUUGCUGUUAAUUGGUACCGGAAAUGAUAUUUUCAUAGUUAGAGCAUAACAAAAAACUGUUUAUGAUCUUCUAAAUACAUACAUAUAUAAUUAAAGACCUCUAAAAAAUAAAAUCAUACAUAUAGUCACCUUACACUCAUUUCACACUAUAGUAGCCUUGAGUGUGUUCUACUGUAGGUUACAGUACUGAGCAGGUCCUCCAAGCGUCAUUAUUAUGGCCAUCACCCGCCACUACAACAUGGCCAUGACAUAUAAAUACUUCACACACAUCACAUCCUGGGUAAUUCCUCUUAGGUAGAACUGGCCUUCCAUGUACUGAAACCACGUUUUGCAAAAAGUUGUUCAACUUGACACUCGCAGCUACAACCGUUCGCUUUGAUGCUUGCAUUUUGUGUUAGCAUUGCCGUCUGCGUUUUCGUUCCACACCCCUCAAACCAAAGCUGUGUUAUUGAUGUUGAACAUGAAGUGCAUCAAAAAAGUUAAUUUCCACUUUGGCCGGACAUCUGUUGAAAGUGUACAGCAGUCUUAUUAGCCUAGAGGGCUGCACCAGGUGUCCCAGGCUACGUCCUCUUGUUGUGUUGUUUAGUAGUGUUUAUACUCUUAAGUCCUGCUUGGUGAAUAUUUAUCAAUCGCCACAACAUAAUACUAAUACAAAAUGAAACAAAUACUCGACGGUAAUACAUAUAAUGCAUGAAUAGAACUUAAUUUAACACUUAAGGUCCAAAACAUGUAGAAUAUGCUUUAAAAUGUAAAAAAAAAAAAACUGUACUUGAAAUGUCCACAAUAUUAUAAAUAAGUCUUAGUUUGAAGUAAUUCACAUAUAUACUGUAUGUUUAUAUACAGUAUAGGCCAAAUGUUUGGACACACCUUCUCAUUCAAUGGGUUUUCUUUAUUUUAUUUCUUAAUGUUCAUGACUAUUUACAUUGUAGAUUGUCACUGAAGGCAUCAAAACUAUGAAUGAACACAUGUGGAGUUAUGUACUCAACAAAAACAGGUGAAAUAACUGAAAACAUGUUUUAUAUUCUAGUUUCUUCAAAAUAGCCACCCUUUGCUCUGAUUACUGUUUUGCACACUCUUGGCAUUCUCUCGAUGAGCUUCAAGAGGUAGUCACCUGAAAGGGUUUUCACUUAACAGGUGUCAUAGUUUUGAUGCCUUCAAUGACAAUCUACAAUGUAAAUAGGCAUGAAAAUAAAGAAAACGUUUUGAAUGAAGUGUGUCCAAACUUUUGGCCUGUACUGUGUGUGUGUGUGUGUUUGUGUGUGUGUGUGUACGUGUGUGUGUGUAUGUAUGUAUAUAUAUUAUAUAUAUACACUACCGUUCAAAAGUUUGGGGUCACCCAAACAAUUUUGCGGAAUAGCCUUCAUUUCUAAGAACAAGAAUAGACUGUCGAGUUUCAGAUGAAAGUUCUCUUUUUCUGGCCAUUUUGAGCGUUUAAUUGAACCCACAAAUGUGAUGCUCCAGAAACUCAAUCUGCUCAAAGGAAGGUCAGUUUUGUAGCUUCUGUAACGAGCUAAAGUGUUUUCAGAUGUGUGAACAUGAUUGCACAUGGGUUUUCUAAUCAUUAAUUAGCCUUCUGAGCCAAUGAGCAAACACAUUGUACCAUUAGAACACUGGAGUGAUAGUUGCUGGAAAUGGGCCUCUAUACACCUAUGUAGAUAUUGCACCAAAAACCAGACAUUUGCAGCUAGAAUAGUCAUUUACCACAUUAGCAAUGUAUAGAGUGUAUUUCUUUAAAGUUAAGACUAGUUUAAAGUUAUCUUCGUUGAAAAGUACAGUGCUUUUCCUUCAAAAAUAAGGACAUUUCAAUGUGACCCCAAACUUUUGAACGGUAGUGUACACA